AUGGUUUCUCACGAUUCAGUUGAGUUGAGCCCACGCGACGGCGCUUUCCAGGACGCUGUCGCGUCUGGGGAAUACUUCAACCCGAACAAUAUCGCCUACGACCCGAUCGAGCCUGCUCCUGUGCGGCGAAGACCGUUGCCGCCCGGUGCCAGAACCACGCUCGAACAGCCUCUUCUGCUUGACGACUCAGUCGUUCAUCGACAGGCCAGCAUAGACGUCGGAGCUGGCGACCUGGACGACAGACGACGAUCUAAUUCAAAACCCAAAGAUGACUACAUCAUGUCCGUUGAGCCGUACUGCAGUUCCGGGCUCGAAAGCGACGCAAAAGAAAACCCGUUCGACUCUCAAGGAGUACCAAAGCCGAUCACGCAUCGGAGUUUGCGCCGAUACCUCCAAGGCUGGCUCGUUCAUAUCCCGGCGCUGGCUUCCACGGCAGUGAUCAUUUGGAUCAGUCUCGAGAAGUGGUAUUGGUUUCCCGAAAGCGGCCCUUUUCCUGAGCAAGGAAUCAGCGCCGAUGUCAUCAACAACCUUUUGCAGUUCGCGGCUAAAAUUCACGAACUCCUGAUCGUGGCUUCCUUGUCCUCGAUUGCAAUCUCGAUGGUUCGUCGUCGACUGGUUGGUGACGGUGUUCGCCUGGGUUUCCUCACCGGCGGUUAUCGAGUCGGUGAUCUGAAUUACCUCGCGUCGUCACCAUUUCGACACCAGGGGAUGAAGCAACUCGUUUCUUGGGAGUUCAUCCUUGUGGCUUAUCUCUUCUUCGCCACGCUCAUGUCCACCAUCGUUGGCCCAGCAUCCGCGGUUCUGCUUGUUCCGACUCCAGGGUGGUUUCCAAUGGAUCAUGACAAAGCAUUCAGCAAGAUCAAUAUGCCAAUCUUUUACGACUCGACCGCUGGGCAAGUCUGGCCGACCGUGUUUAAUGAUACUCUUGAAUGGCAGGACAUAUCAGAGUGCUUGUACACCGAGGGAACGUACCAGUCGUGGUGUCCGUCUGGCGGGUUUUCCGAGAUUUGGAACUGGGCGCAGAGCUUCGGCGCAACCAAUCUGCAGAACAACCUUACCUUCCAAUUUCCCUCGACGGAUCUGAGGCGGCAUCUGGUGCACACCGAAGCCGAAAACACGCAAAAGACCGUCCUCUCGACCACGCCGUCCAACUUCUUCAUGAUCAGCUUUGGCCUCGUUCAGAAGUACAUCGAUCGUACCGACGUCGGUCUCGUGCAUGGCAGCCCUCGAUACCAUUUGAAAGCUCGGCUCGUCAACCGCACGGAUUCCGAAAAUCGGGAGAAGGACCAGCCAAUCUACCAGCCAUUCGUACAGUCGAGUUGUAAGGUGUACAGGGAGACUGUCGUUCUCAGCACCAAGGAGAAAAUGGUCUACCCGACGGACGCGCUCAGCUGUUUCGAUGACGGGGAAUGCCAAACGCUGAAGGGCAAUCCUCCUCCGUUCGAUAGAACCUGGUGGAACGACAAGACGAGAGACAAAGAUUACAUCUCCACCCGCUUUUUCCCCUACGGAAAUCAAAGCUCGUCGGUGGUCUUGAUCGCCGGUCAGGUUCCCGACAAUACCGACCGAGCUAAGGACCUUAUCUACACAUGCAGCCUGUUCGCGAGCUGGGUCCCCUCGGAAUUCUCCCUGGACCCAAAGGCCAGCGACGUUCUGUACUCGAGCCUCAACGGCGAAACGGAAAUGCGAUCCGUCUUCAAAGCACAUCCCGACAACGCACGCGUCAUCAGAUUCGACGACAGCUGGUUCAAGUACCUCGACCCCGAGUUCAACACCUCCACACGCCGGAACCCGACCACGGCCGUCCUCCAACUCGUCGACCUCUUCAGCGGCCUGGCCUCGAACGCGACCAAGGACUCCGUGGUGCCCCUGACCAAACGCGAGGACGACGAGGCCGAGUCCUUCUUGUCCAAGCUAUUCGGCGUCUACCUCACCGAGGGCAUCGCCCGCACGGGCACGCCGGCGUCGACGAUGAUCAAGCUCGAAGGAGACGCCACAUCCAUGAAAGGCGUCGAUCUCAACGCGCUGUACGGCGCCACGGGCGGCAACUUCUCCGUCCAGACGAUGAACGAGACGCACACGGAGUGGAACUUUGACAAAACCCCCCUGCCGAGGCCGAUCACGAUGGACGACAUCAACAACGAGCUGCUGCCCAGCCUGCUGAACUUCGACUUCGACGUGGAGAGGUACGGGUACGGAACCGGGCGGCCGCGCAAGACCCUGACCUUCGCCCAGGUCAUGAUGUACAUAUACCUCGGCACGGUGGUGCUCUACGCCCUGACGGUCGGGCUCGCGCACGCGAUCGAGUUGACUGGCAGGGGCAGGAAGUUGCGUCUCCUCAGCGUGGUGCCAUGGUCGGACCUGCAGGAUCUGAUCAUUCUGGCGCUCAAGACGCCCGCGCCGAGGGAUGCCGAUCUCGCGGACGCUGGUGCGGGAGUCACUUCCCCGGACGUGUGGAAGAAGACGGUGAGGGCGAGGGCUAGGGAUCAGCACGUGCAGCUUGUGUUGAAUGAUGAGACGUCGACGGAGAGGUUGGAUAUUACUGGGAAGGAGAAGUAUUACUGA